GCCACCGCCAUCGCCAAGAAUCCCAUUUACUAAACCGGUAAACCCUAACUAAAGACGAGAAUCUAUCUACUACGCGAUUGCCGCCAACUUCUCGUAUUUACGAAACUCGACGAUGCUUAACCAAGCAAAGACAUCUUCCAAAACCGUAGUUUCAAGACACCGGAGAGAAGAACUACGCUCUCAUUCUCUCUUUCAUCAUUGACGAGUUGUAUCAAGGAUUUGCAUAAAAAGGCAACUGUAACUCUUUGUUGAGUAUAGUAUCCUCUCUAGCAACUGGAUUGUGAGUGAAUCUUGUGGUAGAAUUAAAAGGGAAGGAAGAAGAAAGAGGUAAUUAGAAUAGGAACUGAAAGGACAUUUAGAAUGCGCAUCACAAGAUUUCUGGACGGGAUGGUUGUGGAUCCACGAGUUGUUCAUUGAAAGCCAAGGAGACAAAUUACUCCAUAGAAGCGAAAUUGUUUUUUUUUUUUUUGAAUUUUUUUGUCACGCUGAACUGAACUUGGUGAUUAAAUUUAUAUCAUCCCUCGCUUGCAUUUCGUCAUCAGAGAAGGCGAUCGAAGUGAGUUUCUUCCAUUGAAAAUCUAGCUCCUGUUAAGUCUAAUAUCGAGUAAUUUGUUCGCAUGGGUAAAACCCUACUCUGCUGCAAGUUUGUUUCCUUGGGUUUUAUUUGUUCCACUCAAUGGAGCUGUGUUCGGGAGUUUUUGCCUUAAGAAAUUACAGUUCUACAGGUGGUUUGGCUUUUGAAGGAUGCUCUUAUUAUAAUAUGAUAAACGUUGUUUAGGAUCUUAAUCAUCAUAAACUACGGCGAACGAUUGGCUCCCUCUAAAAUUAUUGUAUUUCAUUCGUUAGUCGAUAUUUUUUUCGAUCCAAUUUAUUUUGCUGGUAUUACUUCAGCACAGAAGAUAUGGCACGUUCUAAGCCGUCCUCGUCUAAGAAGCAACCGAAGAGAGGCGUGGACUUCAAAAAAAUAAAACGGAAGAUUGGUCGGAAACUACCACCGCCCAAGAAUGCUACCAAUACUGAAAUCAAAUCUAAAGCAAUUAUUCUUCCCGAACAAAGUGUGGCAUCGGAGAGGGCAGGUUUAGCUGUGAGUAAAAAAGGGUUGACGUUAAAGGAAUUACUUCAGCAAACAUCCCAUCAUAAUGCCAAAGUUCGCAGAGAUGCGUUGACUGGUAUUAGGGAUUUGGUGCUUAAAUACCCAGCAGAGCUGACAUUACACAAACUUGCCAUAAUAGAGAAGCUGCGUGAACGCAUUAGUGAUGAGGACAAAGUUGUCCGCGAGACACUCUAUCAGCUCCUGAAAUUAGUGAUUUUCCCUGCAUUGAAAAAGGAUGUUCCAGGAUCCUUAAUCUCAUUGAUGAUGGCCUAUAUAUUUAAUGGAAUGACACAUUUAGCAACUGAUAUACGGUUGAUGGCUUUCAAAUUUUUUGAUCUUGUUGUCCAGCAUUAUCCAUCUUCAUUUUUCAUGUAUGCUGAAAAGGUUCUCCAGAAUUAUGAGGAUAUUUUACGUAAGAACCAUAUCUAUUUACAGGACAGGAGCAAGCUCAAGAAUGCUCUUGUUGGGUUGGUUCGUUGCUUAUCACUGUUACCAUGUAAUAGGAGAACUGUGGAUCCAUCAUAUGGAAAAAAUACUGAAACUCAAGGGUCAUUGCAUGCAUAUGAGCUUGAGGUGCCUAAAGAGCAUACUGAUUUCUCUUCCAUCAUUAAGAGACUAGAAGAUAUUUUGCCUAUCUUGGUCAACUGUUUCCAAGAUUUCAUUCCAUUAGUUCACCCAAUGUCAUCUCUUGAUGCACAGUCAUUUGAUUGCAUGCUAUACUUACUUCGGAGCAUAGAUCUUUCAGUCAAGUUUUUUCUUUAUGGGAUUGAUAAGCAUCAAACAGAUUUUGGAGUAACAAAGCCUACAUAUAAUGAGAAGGAUAUGCCGGUGUGGGGAGAGAUUGCAACACCAGUGUUUUUGAGGAAAUUUUUGGAAGUGUUUCCCCUUAACCAACUUCAUAACACUUCAGGAAAAGAUGAAGACAAAUUCUUUAUCUUGAACAUUGAGAUUACAGAAAUCUUUCUGCACUCUAAUGAAUGGAUCUUUACUUCUGCCAUUUUAAUGGAAAGGUUCCUGGAAUUUAUAGAAAAUCUGCUGUCUGGGAAGAUUCGCUUUAAUUCAAGGUCUGGUAAAGCACUGCAAGAAAAACAUUUAACUUCACUACUUCCAUUUAUUCCAAGGCUUGUAUCACUAGUGGCAAACACUUGGAAGUCGCGCCUUCUACAGGCAUUUACUAUGGCAUUCAAGGAUUGUAAACCAGAGUCUACAUUGAAUUUGGCUUUCCUUUCUGCAAUAGAAGAAAUGCUACUUCCUUCAAAGAGGCAGGGCAUACUGUUAUUAGAUGCAAGUGAACCAGAGAUAUUAGACCAUCAGAUUACUUGGAUACGCGAGCUUCCAGUUUUGCUGGUUCGUCUGGGUGAUACACUGUCUUCAUUGUCUAAGGUUAUAUUGCAUCUUCUACUUCGCCUUGGACAAUAUGCUCCUAUGAACUCCUCCCUUGCUUGGGAAUAUGAUAUCAUGCAACAUACAUUAGGAGAAUUCUAUAGUAUGUGUCUAGAUGAUGGAAGCAUAUUAUAUGGUCCUUUCAUGAAGCUCCCCAAAGACUGUCAGGAACUUUCUGUUUGUUGUCUAUAUUACUUCUCCAGUUUGGAUUCACUUUUGCUUAGAUCAUUAGUAUAUUGUUGUUUGUGUGAUAAUUUGGAACCAUCUGUAUUGUUUCGAAUUAUAGAUGUUCUCCACUCAGCUUAUAAAAUUGGACAUCUCCAGCUCGUGGAUUUAAUCAGUUUCUUUGUCACCUUAGUUGCACGUUGGAAGGUUUUGCCUGGAAGGCUUUAUACUCAUGUGGAGAAUGCUAAAAAGAUAUCAAACCGCGAAACUUUUAAGGCCAUAACUGGUGCAGUCUGCUCUUGUCUCCGUCAGAUGGGUGAUGAUGCUCUAAUAUUUCAAAUAGUGCAGAGAGUUAUACUUGAUGAAAUACCCCUCAAUCCACCUAUUGACAACCUGUGUGGAAUGCUAAGGUUGCUUGUUAUACUGGACUCCAGACCAACGAAACUUUCAGAGCAAAGUAUAAUCAUUCUAAGCAAUUCCAUUUCAGAAUACUUGAUUGAUGCUGCUUCUUACAUUCCAGAAAAUGGUGAUGAAGUUACAGACUCCAAUCAGAUUAGCAUAUGCCAGUAUUAUCUCGUGCCAUGCUUUUUUCUGUUUGAUAGAAGUGAUAAGCUCUUAAAUCUUGUUUUGGAUUUGAUGGGAUCAUCAAUUGGUGAAGAUAAUUCAUCACUUGCUUGUAAUCAUGAUACCCAACAUACACUUGAUCUAUCAAGUAGGAUUGUUGCAGUUGUGUCCAUCCUCUUGUACAUGCACCAGGAUAUAAAAAUCCGACGAAGACUCUCUUCAUGUAAGGGAGAGAUUACACGGAUUUUGCAGAAAAUGCGCUUACAGUUAAUGCAGUCUUCAAAUGAAAUGGGCAAUACACUUGAAGAAAGACACAAAAUACAGUUUUCAUUUGAUCGUCUGAAGAUUGCAGCAGGUCAAUUAAAUUGUUGGGAUGCUGAUGAACUCAAAAUAAUUUCUUUAUUUGAAUAACUUGCACAUGUUAUUUUCCAUUUUGCAGCUAAUUGAUCCUUGCUGGGAACAGUAGAAGCCAUGUCUAAUAAGCUUGCUUGAAACUCACCAAGGGCGUAAAGCAGUAUCAAGUUUUGGUAUUCGGUGGAUCUGGCACAGGACCAUGUUGAAAUUCUAUUGAUUCAUCGAUAACGAGAACUUUUAUUUGUUGUAAAAAAGAGGGGUACAGGUGGACACUCGGAAAACCAUGAAUAGCUCUGAACCACCCGAAGAGGAAAAAAACAAGUAAACAACACCUGCAUAUGCAAAGAGGCCCUGUACACAAGCUAUGGAUUCUAGGGGCACCGCUGACGCACAUCUAGGAGACCAGUGGACUGAUUAGCAAAGUCUGCAAUUUUGAGCUGAAAGUAGCAGAUUGAGAGACUGUUUUCCACAUCUGCUAUUUGAGAUAGGGACCUCGAAAAUGAUAUUUUCAUAUUGGUUGCCUUGAGGUGGUGAUUGUAAUGUAAAUAUAAUAUAUUUUUUUGUUAUUUUAUGUUAUAGAAAAUGUAGUUUGGGGCUUGCUGAUAAUUGGGGGAAACUGGAAAGUUCCCCCUUUCAUUACAAGAACCAAAGUUUUCGAAUUUUCCUUA